GAGUUAUCAACGAUAAAAACACCAGCUAUACGUAAAAGCGGAAAAAAAAAAAUUGACACGAAGUCGCCCCCUUCAAUAACAAACCAAAACGAAAACACGCACAUAUUAUAUCGCAGAGAAGAGGCGCCACAGAGAAGAUUUUCUAAAACAUCUAGGAGGGAGUGACACAAAAUUAUCAAGAACUAUUAACUUUUUCUGCGAUUCGCGAUCUGGGCUUGCUGAACUUCCUUCUCCUGUUGUUCAAUUUUCAGCCCCUGGGAUUUGUCUUGCCGAUCUGUUUCUUCACUUCUCUAAUUUUCUUGGGUUUUGAACUUGGGCGCCAAUCGAGAGAGUUGAAGCAUUUGCAGUAUGAGCAUCGACAGCCCCGGGACAGGGGAGAAUUAGGGUUUCGAGCUUCCAACAAGAGGUGAGACUUCCAUGGGCGAUGGAGGCGUCGCAUGCAUGCCUUUGCAGCAGCAGCAUAUUAUGGAGAGAUUGCCGAAUGGAGAAAAAACGCUUUGCGGAGGCACGAAUGGGAAUGGGUUCAAUUCUAAGUUGCUCCAGUUUGCUGACAGUGAUCGGAAGAAGAAGAUGAAGGCGAAGAAAGAAGAGCCAGCAAAGAAAUUUCAGGUGGAAAGAAGUGAAUUGGCAUCGGACGGGGUAGGCAAGAGCAACGAUGAACUUGAGAAUGAUGAAACGUGCGCGGAAAAGGUACAAAAAGAAGAAAUGGAAGAGGGAGAAUUGGGCACUAUGAAGUGGUCAAGAAAUGAUCUGGAAAAUGGAGAGUUUGUUCCGGAGAAGCCGCGGAGGGGUGAACUUGAGAAUGGAGUGAUUGUUAUUGAGAAAUGUAAAAAGGGGGAGCUGGAAAAGGGAGAGAUUGUUUAUGGAAAAUGGAGAAGAGAGGAUGUGGAAAAGGGGGAGAUAGUUUCGGAGAGGAGCAGGAAAGGAGAGGCUGAUAAAGGGGAAUGUGGCUUGGGUAAAAGUAUUAUAGAUGACAUUGAGAAGGGAGAAUUCAUUCCUGAUAGAUGGCACCGAGGGGAAAUAGGAAAGGAUGAUUAUGCUUACAGUAGAAUGCGCAGGUACCAAUCAGGCAGGGACAAAGGGUGGAAAAGUGAACGUGAACGCACACCACCUUCUGGGAGAUAUACAGGUGGUGAUUAUAUUAGAAAGAAGGAAUUUAAUAGAAAUGGGGGUCAGCAUGCCAAGAGUGCUCCUAGGUGGGAGAGUGGGCCAGAGAGGAAUAUAAGGAUUAGUUCGAUGAUAGUGGAUGAGGAAAAAAAUGAGCAUAGCAAUGGGAGGAACCAUGCUCGAGAAUACUCUGUGGGCAGUCGGUUGAAGCGGCAUGGUAAUGAUUCAGAUAGCAGUGAGCGCAAGCACUAUGGAGAUUAUGCUGGUUUAAAAAGUCGUAGGCUUUCUGAUGACAGCUGCCGGCCUCUUUAUCCAGAACACUAUUCUCAUCGUUCUACAGAGAGGUCUUAUAGAAAUUCAUCAAAAAUAUCAGCAGACAAGUAUUCUCGGAAUCAUGAAUCUUCUUUACCUGGUAGACCAGCUUAUGACAGGCAUGGAUGUAGCCCUGUUCAUUCUGACCGAUCACCACGCGAUCGUUCCAGGUAUUAUGAUCAUAGGGAUCGUACUCCAGUUCGCCGUGAGAGGUCCCCACUUGGCCGCGAUAAAUCUCCAUAUGUUCGGGAGAAAUCGCCCCAUGGCCGUGACAGAUCUCCAUAUGUUCGGGAGAAAUCCCCCCAUGGCCGUGACAGGUCUCCAUAUGUCCGGGAGAAAUCCCCCCAUGGCCGUGACAGGUCUCCAUAUAUUCAAGAGAAAUCACCCCAUGGUCGUGAGAAGUCUCCAUAUGAAAAGAUUUGGGAUAGAAGCCGUUACAAUGAUCAUAAAAUAAGAAGUCCUACUCAUGGUGAGCGGUCUCCACAAGACAGACGUCGACAUCAUGAUCGUAGGGAUCGGACGCCAAAUUUGGUUGAACAACCUCCCUUGGAUCGGCCUAGGCUAAAUGGUAUACGAGAAAACAAUUCUAAAAUGAUAUCAAGUGAAAUGCAUGACUCACCACAUAGUUGUAAGGAUCAUGAAGAUAAGCACAUCAGUAGGGAGUCAAAUUGUUCAGCUACAGAUUCUCACAGUGAAAGAAAUUUGCACGAUGUAAAUGGGUCAAUUGAGAGAGACAACAGUGAGAAGCCUGAAAAGGAAGAGCAGUCCUGCAGCCCUACUGUAGGCCGCAAAGAAUCUCCCCGCAUUGAACCACUUCCUGAAGAGCUGCCUUCUAUGGAAGAAGAUAUGGACAUUUGUGAUACUCCUCCUCAUGUUCCUGUGGUGGCAGAUUUGUCAUCAGGGAAGUGGUUCUACCUUGAUUAUAGUGGUGUAGAACACGGGCCUUCUAAAUUAUCUGACAUCAAGUUUCUUGUUAACGAGGGAAUACUGAUGUCAGAUCACUUUGUCAAGCACCAAGAUAGUGACAGGUGGUUAACAGCUGAGAAUGCAGCAUCACCGUUGGCAACACAUAGUUUUCCAUCCAUUGUGUCAGACUCCAUAACGCAGCUGGUAAACCCUCCAGAAGCUCCUGGUAAUCUUUUGGUUGAUACCGGAGAUAUCCUUCAAUCCGGAGCUGAGACUUUUCAGAAGAUGCCAGCUCCUUUGUCGCAGCCAAUAGUAUGCCCUAAUGACAGCGUGGUUGCCUCUGAACCUCUAGAGGAAUUCCACAUUGAUGAAAGGGUUGGAGUUUUGUUAGAGGGUCAUGAUGUAAUUCCUGGGAGGGAGGUUGAAGCAAUAAAAGAAGCCUUGCAAAUGAAUUUUGAAUAUGCAGAUUGGGAAGGGUUGGGAGGCCUUGAAGGUUUUCCUUGGCAUGAUAAUUUUCCGAGAGAAGAUUGUGAUUCAAGAACUGAUUUUGCAUCAAGGGAUCCUGCGACUCAGUCAAGCAUGCUCCUUGACAAGGAUAAUGGAUUUGCCUUUGGUGAUCCUGGCGACUGGUUUUCUGCCCGAUGGUCAUGCAAAGGUGGUGACUGGAAAAGAAAUGAUGAUGUCCAAGAUAGAUCUUCUAGGAAGAGACUUGUCCUAAAUGAUGGGUUUUCAUUAUGUGAAAUGCCUAAAUCUGGAUGUGAAGAUCCUCGGUGGACUGAAAAGGAUGACUUGUAUUAUCCUUCUCAAGGCAGGAGGCUUGAUCUCCCUCUUUGGGCUUUUUGUGCUGAUGAGAGGGCUGACUGUGGUACUGUAAGCAGAACGGCUCAAACUAAAUCCUUUUUGGCCAGAGGAGUGAAAGGAAAUGUUCUUCCGGUGGUAAGGAUAAAUGCUUGUGUGGUCAAUGACCAGGGGUCAUUGGUUUCUGAGCCACGACACAAAAUCCGAGUCAAGGACAGACAUCACUCAAGGCCUACUCGCCCAUUCUCUUCAAGCAUUGAUAGCAAGAGAUCAUCGACUGAAGAAGAUUCUCAGUCAAAAGCCAUUAGUGAUCAAAGUUCUUGCCUGAGCACGGAAUUUGUCAAUACUCCCAAAGACCGACUCUGUACGGUCAAUGAUUUACAAUUACAUUGGGGUGACUGGUAUUAUCUUGAUGGUUCUGGGCGUGAAAGAGGGCCUUUGUCGUUUUCAGAGCUGCAGGUUUUAGUAGAUCAAGGAAUUAUAAAAAAGCAUAGCAGUGUUUUCAGGAAAUGGGAUAAACUUUGGGUUCCUGUUACCUCUGCUGCGGAAACUUCUGAUAUUAGUCUUGGGUACCUCCAAGAAAGCAGCACAACAGCUGGCAAAUGUUCGGGACUUCCAUUGUUGCAAACUCAGGGUGUGUCAUUCAGUGAAUCUUGUACAAGCAGCAGUUUGUUUGACCGUGUACAUCCUCAGUUUAUAGGCUAUACUCGUGGGAAGCUACACGAAUUGGUAAUGAAAUCAUACAAGAGCCGGGAGUUUGCUGCAGCUAUAAAUGAGGCUUUGGAUCCCUGGAUCAGUGCAAGACAACCAAAAAAAGAAAAUGAAAAGCAACUGUAUUGGAAAUCAGAAGGUGAUGCACGGGCUGCCAAAAGAGCUCGUAUUCUGGUUGAUGACAGUGAGGAAGACAGUGAUGUGGAAGAUGGUACCUUGACUCUCCUGAAGAAUGAAUCCGCUUUUGAUGAUCUAUGUGGUGAUGCUACUUUCCACAAACAAGAAAGUGGUUUCACUGAUUCUGAAGCGGGAAGCUGGAGCUUGUUGGAUGUUCAUGUGUUGGCUCGAGUCUUCCACCAUUUAAGAUCUGAUUUGAAGUCCCUUGUCUUUGCUUCAUUGACGUGCAAGCAUUGGAGAGCUGCUGCCACAUUUUACAAGGGCGUUUCAAGACAGGUCAAUUUGUCAUCCUUGAGUAAUUCUUGCACUGAUUCCAUUCUGGGGAGCAUUAUGAAUGGAUAUAAGAAAGACAAAAUCGGAUCUAUGAUUCUAACUGGUUGCACCAAUAUUAGUGCGGACAUGCUUGAGAAGAUUCUUCUUUGGUUUCCCUCUUUAUCUGCAAUAGACAUCAGAGGAUGCAGCCAGUUUAAUGACUUGACUUCUAAAUUUCUCAAUGUGAAAUGGAUCAAGAGCCGAAGUUCAUGCAUAAGCAAAACUGCAGAAGAGCCACAUAAAAUUAAAAGCCUUAAACAGAUCACUGAGAAAACUUCAUAUGUUUCCAAGACCAGCAAUCUAGGUGCCAUGGAUGAUUUUGGUGAGCUGAAGGACUACUUUGAUAGUGUGGAUAAGAGAGACACAGCAAAGCAAUUAUUCCGUCGAAACUUAUACAAGAGGUCCAAACUGUAUGAUGCCAGAAGGUCCUCUUCCAUUCUAUCUAGGGAUGCUCGUACUAGACGAUGGGCAAUUAAGAAAUCUGAAAAUGGUUAUAAAAGGAUGGAGGAAUUUAUUGUUUCUGGUUUGAGGGAAAUUAUGAAGGAAAAUCCCUGUGAUUUUUUUGUGACCAAGGUUGCAGAUAUUGAAGCUAAAGUGAAAACUGGUUAUUACAGUGGCCGGGGGUUGAGCUCUGUCAAGGAGGAUAUCAGCAGGAUGUGUCGUGAUGCAAUAAAAGCAAGGAAUCAUGGUGAUGCUGCUAUGAAUCAUAUUAUUACAUUAUUCAUUCAGCUUGUGACACGGCUGGAAGAAAGUUCCAAGUCUCUGAAUGACAGAGAUGCAUCGUUGAAGUUAGGGGAAAGUGACUCAUCAUCCUUUUUUGGUUCCACCUCCUCAAAGUAUAGGAAGAAUAAAUUGGUCACUGAGAGGAAGUACAAGAGUAAUGGAGCACGUGGUAGUUUAGAUAAUGGAGACUAUGUCUCUGAUCGAGAAAUUAGGAAACGUUUAUUAAAGUUGAAUAAGAAAUCUUUUGAUUCAGAUGGUGAAACAUCUGAUGACACUGAUAUUUCUUCCGAAGACGGCAAGAGUGACAAUGAAACCACAACAUCUAACAGUGAAAGUGACCAAGAAAUCCAUUCAGAAUGUCAAAUUGUGGGGUCAAGAGGGGAUGGACUCUUCACACCUGAUGAGGGUUUGGAUUUCAUAGCUGAUGAUCGUGAAUGGGGUGCCCGUAUGACGAAAGCAAGUCUAGUUCCUCCAGUUACCCGGAAAUAUGAAGUCAUUGACCAUUAUGUCAUCGUAGCUGAUGAGGAGGAUGUGCAGAGGAAGAUGAGAGUUUCAUUACCAGAUGACUAUGCUGAAAAACUGAAUGCACAAAAAAAUGGCACUGAGGAGUCAGAUAUGGAACUGCCUGAAGUCAAGGACUACAAACCGAGAAAACAGCUUGGAGAUGAGGUUAUUGAGCAAGAAGUUUAUGGAGUUGAUCCUUAUACGCACAAUCUUUUGCUCGAUUCUAUGCCAGAGGAGUUAGAUUGGUCUCUACAAGAGAAGCAUUUGUUUAUAGAGGACAUGCUCCUUCGAACUUUGAAUAAGCAAGUGAGGCAUUUUACUGGAACAGGAAGCACUCCGAUGAGCUACCCUUUGCAGCCUGUUAUUGAUGAAAUUAAGAGGAGUGCUGAGGAGGACUGUGAUGUAAGGAUGAUUAGAAUGUGUCAGGGUAUCCUAAAGGCCAUAGAUAGUCGCCCGGAUGACAAAUAUGUUGCUUAUAGAAAGGGCCUUGGUGUUGUUUGCGACAAAGAAGAAGGAUUUGGUGAAGAUGAUUUUGUUGUGGAGUUUCUGGGAGAGGUUUAUCCUGUGUGGAAGUGGUUUGAGAAACAAGAUGGAAUACGUUCUCUGCAGAAAAAUAGCAAAGAUCCAGCUCCUGAAUUCUAUAAUAUAUACCUUGAGCGGCCAAAGGGUGAUGCUGAUGGGUAUGACUUAGUUGUUGUUGAUGCCAUGCAUAAGGCUAACUAUGCCAGUCGAAUAUGUCAUUCAUGCCGGCCUAAUUGUGAAGCAAAAGUUACAGCUGUUGACGGUCAUUAUCAAAUUGGAAUUUAUGCUGUUCGUAAAAUACAAAAUGGUGAAGAAAUCACUUUUGAUUAUAAUUCUGUCACAGAGAGCAAGGAGGAAUAUGAGGCUUCGGUGUGUUUGUGUGGAAGCCAAGUUUGUCGUGGGAGUUAUUUGAAUCUGACUGGUGAAGGUGCAUUCCAGAAGGUGCUGAAAGAGUGGCAUGGAAUUCUUGAUCGACAUUAUUUGAUGCUUGAAGCUUGUGAAUUGAAUUCUGUCUCUGAAGAGGACUAUAAUGAUCUGGGAAGAGCUGGUUUGGGCAGUUGUUUGCUUGGCGGCCUGCCAGAUUGGCUGGUUGCAUAUGCAGCUCGCCUUGUGAGAUUCAUCAAUUUUGAAAGAACUAAACUUCCUGAGGAAAUUUUGAGGCAUAAUCUGGAAGAAAAAAGGAAAUAUUUUUCAGAUAUAUGUCUUGAAGUUGAGAGGAGCGAUGCAGAGGUUCAGGCUGAGGGUGUGUACAACCAAAGGCUACAGAAUCUUGCUGUCACCCUUGAUAAGGUAAGAUACGUUAUGAGAUGUAUUUUUGGUGAUCCACGGAAAGCACCACCUCCACUUGAAAAGCUCAGCCCUGAAGCAGCUGUUACCUUCCUCUGGAAAGGAGAGGAUUCAUUUGUUGAGGAGCUUCUUCAGUGCAUGGCUCCUCAUGUUGAAGAAGAUGCCUUGAAUGAUCUGAGGGUCAAAAUUCACUCUCAUGAUCCCUUGGCGUCUGGAGAUAUUCAAAAAGAGCUCCAGAAAUCUCUGUUAUGGUUGAGGGACGAGGUCAGAAAUCUUUCUUGUACAUACAAAUGUCGGCAUGAUGCUACUGCUGACUUAAUUCAUAUUUAUGCUUAUACCAAUUGCUUCUUUAGAAUACGGGAUUAUCAAGCUAUUACUUCUCCACCUGUCUAUAUUAGUCCGCUUGACUUAGGUCCCAAGUACGCUGACAAGUUGGGAACAGGAUUUCAGGAGUAUCGAAAGACGUAUGGUGAAAAUUAUUGUUUAGGGCAGCUAAUUUUUUGGCAUAACCAGAGUAAUGCAAAUCCAGAUAAUAGCCUGGCCAGAGCUCGCAGGGGUUGCUUAUCUUUGCCAGAUGUAGGAUCCUUUUAUGCAAAGGCUCAGAAGCCAUCACAGCAUCGUGUAUAUGGUCCUAGGACUGUUAGAUCAAUGCUGGCAAGAAUGGAGAAGCAGCCGCAGAGACCUUGGCCCAAAGACAGGAUAUGGUCGUUCAAAACUUCUCCGAAAUUUUUUGGCAGCCCAAUGUUAGAUUCUGUUAUAAAUAACACUCCACUGGACAGGGAAAUGGUUCAUUGGCUGAAGCACAGAAGAGCCGUAUUCCAUGCCAUGUGGGACAGAUGAAAUUUUGCAUAAGGUUUUGGGGAAGCUGACGUAGCCUUCUGGGCGGAAACUCUUGACAUUAGACUAUGGAGUGGUUCAUUCAACGCUGCCUGCCUCUUUUAGCGUGGGGAGUAUGUAAUUAUUGAUCCAAAUCAUUAUUCCUUGAGCCCUCUUUCCCCUCAUUCUUGUGUACAGCUUUUCUUGACCUUUGAUUUGUAAUUCAUUUGGUUUUAGGGCAUUGUUUUACUCUUAUCUAAUAUGAAAUGAAAGGAAGGGAAAGAAAAUUGGUCUACUCCAGGUCAA